AUGGCAGGAGCAAACCCUGAAGGUGUUGCUUGGUUCCCUCGAGCAGCCUUGAAAUGCUGGGAAUUUGACCCAGAUGAUGCCAAACAGUUCUAUAGUCAUAUUCUACUCGAGAUAGUUUCCAACUGUUAUGUUGAUGAAGGCUUCUAUACCCCAAAUAUUCCUUAUCAAGACUUGAAUCGCUUAGGAAAGCAGGUUCUCAGUAACCUUGUACGGAAGACUUAUGCCCGUUACCAAUACAUGAACGCCAUGGCCGGCAGCACUUGCAUGGGUACCAAACGACAAGAUUCUGUCGGGGGUACCGAUGCUUACUUUGAAAUUAGUGAUCAGAGCGGAAAAAAUGAGGUUGGGCUUUGGCCAUGCCUCAUUCCUACGCUCGACGAACAGUUUCUCUGGGUAGAUUUGUCUUAUCCACUGAGAUGUAUCUAUAUCCCGCUAUGUCAAGAAGCGCAUAAAAGAUACCCUGAUCGGUGCACGUACACCCGGGUGGAAAUACGUCUUAGUAGUCCGACCCUGGAGAUCUACAGAUAUAUCAAGCUCGACGAGGAAGAACUUAUCAGAGGGAAUUAUAAUCUUGUUAACCGCGAAAAGGACUACGCCAAACAGAUCGAUACUCUUAACAGGGGUAGUGUUGGCCAGAAAAUGAGAGAAAGAGAUGGCCACACGCUUAAAUCGGAGUCGACAAAAUUGGCACACCAGCUUCAGCAAAGAAAUCCGACAACAAAGCUCCCAAUUACAAAGGAACCUGGUGUCUUUGGCGCCGAGAAAAGGAGAGAACAAGGAAUCUUUAGUGAUGACUUUGAGGUGGUAGGUAGCAAAGUUUUGCAACGGAAUGAUACCUUUGGGUGGAAAUUCCUACCUCAAUACACAGCCCGGUUUGAUAUCAGAUCUCUUGCAAGUAUGCUUGCAAUCCCCACUCAAUUACGAAAAGAGGAGUUUCAAGACCCUUAUCAAUUCAUCGCCCUUUUUGAUUCCAAAUCCGUCGUUGCAAAACAACCAACUCAAAUUCGAUGGAUGAAUAAAGCAGGUCUCAUUCAACUUGACAGAUUGAUCAGUAGUCAAUACGGCAUCAGUGUCACUUACCAAGGAAAUGGGUACGACAAAGAUUGGAUUGUCAAGUGCCUCAUGGGCAUUGUGGCUGUGGGUCUCAGUUGUAUUCCGAUGAUUGGACCCUUAGUUGCCUUGGGGUCUCAAUUGAUCACAGAUGCUAUUCUAGACCCAGAGUCUUUCACAAAUGCACAAGGACUUGUUGCAAAAAUACCAAAUAUUACUACAGCCUUCGUUGCAACUGGACAAAACACGAAAGGUUUCCUCGCUGAAAUGAAAACUGGGAAAUCAGCAAGUCGACAUGUUCUACCUUUGGAGAGUGACGAUAAGCAGGGAAGGUCAAUUCAGGUUGGACCUGAUGCUAGUGAUAGAGACGGAACAAGUGGUCAAAGUGAUAAAAAGGUUGAUACGUUGAUCAACGAGGAAACUUUUGAGAUUUUCAACGAUGACCCUGAGCAGAGUGAGGAUCUGGAUAAUCCAGAAAGCAAAAGUGAUAGUGGUGAAACGGGGAAAGAGGAAGGCGAGGGGGAGGAAACCGAUGGGAAGGAGGGGAGUGGAAUUGAUGGAGAUAAUACUUCUGAGGAUGGGGCCAAGGAUGACCCAGAAAACGAGGCAGAAGAGAGCGGCGAGAAUAAUGAGGGAGAAGAGGGAACAGGGAGUAAUGAGGAGGGAGAGGCGGAAGGAAGUGCGGCUCAGGUAGGUUCGGAUAAUGGGGAUAAUGAGGAAAGUCAGGAUGAGAGUGGGAGUGGAGCGGGUGCCGCUGUGGGUCAAGAUGACGCAAACGGCAAAGAUAUUCAGGAGGGAGAUAAAACUCCUAAGAGCGAGGCUCCUGAGGAAGAUCUUAGAAGUGAGGAUCAUGGUGAAAAAGAGAUGAUAAUAAUGAAGAGGUCGAGGGACAAAAUCAGGAAGCUGAAGAUGGAGGAAAUGAAGACCAAAACAAUUCUGAUAAACGGAGACAAAGGGGCAGUUGGGGAGGCUGAUGACUCAAAAAGCGAGAACGGUCAGAACGAAGAGGACAAUGAUGAUGGUGGGGAUGGUGGAAAUGGUGUAGAUAAAACAGGGGAAGCGAGCGAAGAUGAAAAUGGCUCGAACAGCGAGAACAAUGGAAAGGACGAGGCGAGUGGAGAUGCUGAUCAAGAAAUCAGAGAAGGGGUUUCCGAUGCUGCCGACAAUCAGGAGAAUCAAGAGGUGGUAGAUGGCGAUAAAAGCGAAGGGGAACAAGGCAAGUUAGAAAGCGGGGAUGAUGGAAGUGAUAGAGAUGGUGAAGAGAACGGCUCAGAAACGAACAAUGUCGACCAAGAUGACAAAGAUGGAAGUGAUACUCAGGAAAGAGAUUCGGGAGACAACAACGAUGUGGAGGGAAGUGAUCAAGAGGAGGACGAUAAUCAGAGUCAAGAAGAAGGUACUGAAGGGAGAAACGACGAAGCCGAUCAAAUAGAUGGGGACAACGAGGGAAGUGGUGAAGGAGAUAAUCCAGAAGGAGAUAAUCCAGAAGGAGAUAAUCCAGAAGGAGAUAAUCCAGAAGGAGAUAAUCCAGAAGGAGAUAAUCCAGAAGGAGAUAAUCCAGAAGGAGAUAAUCCAGAAGGAGAUAAUCCCAAAGAAAGCGACCCAAAAGGAAACAACCAAAUAGGAAAUAACCCAAAAGGAAAUGCUUCGAAAGACAGCGAUGUAGAGGGAGACGAUUUAGGAGAAAUGAUUCUAGAGUCAGAUGAUGCAGGUGAACACGAUCAAACAGAGGACAAUAAUUUGGAGGGAAUGGAAGCGAUCGAGAAGAUGAAGAUGAAGAAGAGAAGAGGGAAAAUAAAAAAUGAAGGGGCAUUUAAUGAACAGGGCCAAGGGGGUGACGAUGGAGAUAAUCAGGAAGGAAGCGAAGAAGGAAAGGAGAGUGAAAAUACUCACGAGAACCAAGAAGGGGGCAGCCAGGAUGACCAUGCAAGUGCAAAUAAUCAAGAUGGGGAUGAAGCAAACGAGAAUAAUAAAGAAGAGAACAACGCAGAUGGAGAUGAAGCGGAAGAAAAUCAGGAAGGAAAUGAUACUGGUGAUACUGAAGCGGGAGACGAGGGAGAAGAUGAUACAAAAGACCAAGAGGACGAUCAAGGAGGAGAUGACCAAGGAGGAGAUGAAGAAGGUGGGAACGGAAAUGGAGGAGAUGGAGAAGAUGCUAGUGGCGAAAAUGAUGAAGGAGGGAAUGAUUAUGGUGGGAACGACGAUGUGGAAAUAACGAUGGUGGGAAUGAUGGUGGGAACGACGAUAAUGGGAACGGCGAUGGUGGUGGGAAUGAUGUUGGGAAUGAUGGUGGGGAUGACGAUGGAAAUAAUAGUGAAAACAAUGGCGGUGAUGGAAAUGACGAAGAUGGAGACGAUUAAGUACCUUUCAAAGUAA